GUCUCGCCCUCAUCUGAUAUUUGCUGUCUUCCUCUUUUAAAAUACGUUUUCUCAGGGUUUCUAGCGCGUCAAGUUUCGUUUCGCCCUGCUGAUAAUAAGCCCUUCACUUGUUCGACGCCUAAGUUUAUCCCAAAAUGCCUCGACGCAGCUCCGGUGGUGGUUACCGCGCUCGCCCCGCACCAGCACGCCCUGCACCAGCACGUGCACGCAGCCCGCCUCCUCCUCAAACUGUGAAACAUGCUCCUCCUCCAGCAACAGCUCAGCCUCAGCGUAGUGCUAUUGGCUCUACCAUAGCUGAUGGUAUGACUUGGGGUGCUGGGAAUGCAAUUGGUCACAGGGUUGUGGAUGCUAUCAUGGGACCAAGAACCAUUAAGCAUGAAACCGUUGUUUCUGAGGCUGCCCCUGCUUCCCCUGUUGCCAACAGCAUGGCCUCUGCUUCUUGUGACACUCAGUCCAAGGCUUUCCAGGAAUGUGUCAACAAUUAUGGAAGCGACAUCAGCAAGUGCCAGUUCUACAUGGACAUGCUCACGGAAUGCAAGAAGAAUUCGGGUUCCAUGAUGGCUGCUUAAGUGCCAUCUACUAUCGUUAUCUGCAAUAAAUAAAAAAAAGCGAAAGUUUAUGAAGAAGAGUUUGUUCUCUCUGGUGUCUUUGAUAACCAGAAGUUUAAAGUCUAGUAGUUUUUCUUAUUUUGUAAGAUGUGGUGAUCUCCUAUGUUGACGAACCUUUCUCUAUGGAAUAGUAAUCAUAAGCUAAUUGAGAUCUA